UGAAACAUUAUCAACGACAUUGUUACACCUAUCUGACAAUACAGAUCGUGAAUCCAAUGACAGUGAAAGUGAACUACCCGUUAAUGAUGAAUCUCGUGGUCAUACAAAUCAAUUAUCAACAACUGCGACACCUACAUUUGCUGGUCAUUGUGUCGUAGAAAACAAUAAGAAGUCUAAAAAGAAACCAGCCAAAUCAUCAUCUUCAGGUGUGCAGCAACUAUUGGCUUUCAUGACUAAACUUGAAUCUCAAUAUUUGAGACCUCUUCUUGUUGAACAAGAACGGAUCGAAGCAAUAACAAAAUGCUUGUCUGAUAAUAAAAAAAAGAUUCAAAACGUCUUAAGGAAACAAAAGAUGAACAUUGCAUUACUUGAAGUGGAUGACAAAGAUGAAUCAACCAACAAUCAAACUUUUCUAUCUUCUCUGGAACACAAAUUACCUGAUGGUAUUGUUAUUGAUUUACUUCAAAAAAAUGGCAUCAAAGAACAUGCUAAUCGUUAUGUAACAUCUCUCAUGCAUGUACUUUUUAAGCCCGAAGAAUUAUUGGUUAUGGAAACAAAAGAUAUACCAAAAGAUGAACGAUAUAUUAUGCUGAAAGGUUUGUAAAUACUUAUUUGUCAAUUUUUAUGUUGACAACCAAUGUUUUUCAGAAGUAGUUCGAAAUAAAUUUCGACUAACGAAGGAAGAACUUGAAACUAUGUGGGCUUAGCUUCAUACUGUCAUGUUGGCUAAACGUCGAACAAUUGCUGGAAAGAGAAAAAGAAGUGAAUCAAUUAAUCAACAAAUCAAUAAUUAACUUAUUAUAUAUAUAUAUAUAUAUAUCAUUUGUAAAUUUCUUCAAUUGUAUAUGUAGAACAAGUGAGCUUUAAUUAGCAUUUAUUUUUACUCGAAUAUUUGAGUUAGUGUUUAUUUCUUUUCUUUCUAAAUGUUCUAACGAAUAUGUACCAUAACGAACUUUUUUCUUUUAUCUAUCUACAUUUUUUUAUUUGAACGUGUAUAUAACUCGUGUAGUUUUUUGUAUUAAUUGUUUCAUAGAAAACGAUUUUCUCGAAAACUUGGUGUAUCGUGUAUUUAUUAUGAAACAUGUAAUAAAUAUAAAAGAACAAAUGAUACCGGUCUAGUUCGCUAUUUUGGUCCAAUACCAUGCUAUCUCUUUUCUAAGAACUGCGACGCAGUUACGGCGUAACUGCGUCGCAUUUCGAUCGUAGUGAAACACAUGGGUUAUACUGCGAUGUAUUCCAACACGAAUUGAAACAAUCCAUUGGAAAAAUUCCAAUGAAAAAUAAAAUAAUCUUUCAGCAGGACUUGGCCACCUGGCACACCUCCAAAAUUGUUAAAGAAAAUAUUCGUUGAAUGAAGCUGAAUGUAGUUAACUGGGCUCCAAAGUGCUCAGAUUUAAAUCCAAUUGAAAUGCUUUGGUCGAUUAUCGAUAAAAAACUAGCUGCAAAACCAAAUUAUUCCAAGACAGCUUUAAAAGAACGUUUACAAGAAGAAUGGAACAAUAUCGAUCGAGAUUUAUGCAUCAAAUUGGUCGAAUCGAUGCCGGAAUGUCUUCAAAACUGUCUAGCAACAAAAGGUGGACACUUUUUAUGAAACUAAACUGUUUCUUUUUGUAGACAAAAAUUGUACUUUUUCAAGAUUUUUUGAAAUAAACAAAUAUUUGAGAAAAUGCCUUAAACUUUUGAUCACAGGGAAAAAAGAACUUUUUUCCAAAUAAAUGAAAAUACUUUUCUUCAGAGAUCUAAGCAUAUUAUUCCUAUGGCCUAUUAUGAAAGCUAUCAAGAUAGUUAUAUAAAUGUCGCUAUCAAAUACAUUUUGAUGUAGUAAAUAGAAAAACAAAAAGUGCCUUAAACUUUUGAUUCCCACUUUAUGUUGAAAAUACGAUUGUUUGCAAUACUUUAUUAGCAUUCUCCAUGAAUUAUUUUUAUAAUAAAAAGAGCACACUUUUGAAAAAAAAGUGGAUAUUAAUACAGCGCAAGUCUUUAUGUUUUUGAUCCAUACAAAAUUAUGAUGGAAUUAUCAGAGUUUAUCAUUUAUUAAUAAUGUUAUAAUUUUGAAUUGAUGUCACUGAUAAAAAAGAAAAGAAAAAGUUCGUUUGCCUUAAACAGCUGGAAUUUCACGGAUCAUUUAUCAAAGAAUAUUUUUUGGCCUAUUAUUCUUAUUAGGAUCAGUGGUCGUCAUCAUCAGAAUAAAUACAGCCACUUGCAAAUUACCGCUAAUUAUUCAGUUAAUUUUCACGAUAAUUGAAUGAUUUUUGAAUCAUUCGAUUCAGCAAACAUUUCUUUAUUGAAUAAUAUAAAAAAUUUCUAAAUUUCUUUAAAACAAAACGCUUGAAAAAGCUUUUCGAAUUCUAGAAGCAUCAUUUGUAUUGGAAUAAACUAUGGCAAGUUAUUCUAAAUAAUUUUCUCUAUUGUAAUGCAUCAUUAAAAAUAAUAUAUGACUUCUUUUCAUUAAUAAGAAUAAUUAUACAUUGAAAACAAAAUAAAAUACAUACUGUUUAUUCUCACAUCGUUGCUCAAUAUGAUGAAAUACGAAAAAGAAUUGUAUUUUGUUAUCAGAUACAUCCCGUUCAUUCAUCAACAUGUGUCACAAUGAACACCCUUUACAAGCUAAAAUCGUUUUGGAAUAAAGAAACCAUUAGAAUGAGAAAGAAAUCGUUGUUUUGAGGAUUUUGUUCUUCAACUACAUAUAUCAAUCAUGUACGCUAGAACAUUGCAUUAAAAAUGGAGUUGUAUGAAUGUUUAAUUCGUCACUAUAAAUGAUAAGAGAUAUUCGUCUACAAAAGAAUGCAUCUUAGCAUAGAUGAACACACAAUGACACUAAUGUUUACAACAAUAAUAAUAACAACAAUAAUCAUUCUUUUAUAAUAUCAAAAACAUUGUUUGAAAGGUCACCUAAGGCGUCAUUCAUUUUUUUGUUUUCGUUAUCCUCUCAUGUCAAAGCAAGCCCAAAAAUCAUUCAUUACUAUUCAUUAGAUUGAUCAGCUAACAAAAUAUCAUGUUUACACAAUGGUUUCAUGCUUCAUUGAGUCUUCAUAUGCAAAUGCAAUCAUAGGUAUAAAUACACAAGUAAUAUGCAGGCUUUCUCAACAACACAGUAAGUUUAGUUUAGACAUCAUCUUUUUGUAUUCAUAUAAAUAAUUUCCAUAUUCUCGCACAUCAUGUAUCGACUAUUAACGAUUUCAUGCUUCAUUGCUGCAGUAUUGUUUAUUCAAAUUGCUUGUGAUGAUGGCGAAGAAGUGACUAUUCAACUGGAUGUGACUAAAGACGAUUAUGACGCGCUCCACAAUGGU